GCCGCACGUGGGAGGGCGCGGGCAGAGCCGGCCGCCGCAGCUGCUGUCGCCUCCACUAGGCCGCCACGCGGCUUCCCGGCGCCCCGCUUCCCCCUCACCAAACCCGAGGACAACGCGCUCGCCGCCGCCGUCGCCUCUCGGCGCUCCCAUGAUCGCCCAGUGCCUUUCGGCUGUGCGAGGCCUCCACAGAGUUGGUGGUUCCAGGAUUUUAUUGAGAAUGACUUUAGGAAGAGAAGUGAUUUCUCCUCUUCAGGCAAUGUCUUCCUACACUGCAGCUGGUAGAAAUGUUUUAAGGUGGGAUCUUUCACCAGAGCAAAUCAAAACAAGAACUGAGGAGCUCAUUGCACAGACCAAACAGGUGUAUGAUUCUAUUGGCAUGCUGGACGUUGAGGAAGUAACUUACGAGAACUGUUUGCAGGCCCUGGCAGAUGUAGAGGUGAAGUAUAUAGUGGAGCGAACCAUGCUAGACUUUCCCCAGCACGUCUCCUCUGACAAAGAAGUACGAGCAGCAAGUACAGAAGCGGACAAAAAACUCUCUCGCUUUGAUAUCGAGAUGAGCAUGAGAGAAGAUAUCUUUCUGAGAAUUGUUCAUUUAAAGGAGACCUGUGAUCUGGGGAAGAUAAAGCCUGAAGCCCGACGAUACUUGGAAAAAUCAGUUAAAAUGGGAAGAAGGAAUGGGCUCCAUCUUCCAGAACAAGUACAAAAUGAAAUCAAAGCAAUGAAGAAAAGAAUGAGUGAACUAUGCAUUGACUUUAACAAAAACCUCAAUGAGGAUGAUACCUUCCUUGUAUUUUCCAAGGCUGAACUUGGUGCUCUUCCUGAUGAUUUCAUUGACAGUUUAGAAAAGACAGAUGAUGACAAGUAUAAAAUUACCUUAAAAUACCCACACUAUUUUCCUGUCAUGAAGAAAUGUUGUAUCCCUGAAACCAGAAGGAAGAUGGAAAUGGCUUUUAAUACAAGAUGCAAAGAGGAAAACACCAUAAUCCUGCAGCAGCUACUUCCACUGCGAGCCAAAGUAGCCAAACUGCUGGGCUACAGCACGCAUGCUGACUUUGUUCUUGAAAUGAACACUGCGAAGAGUACAAGCCGUGUAACUGCCUUUCUAGAUGAUUUAAGCCAGAAAUUAAAACCCUUGGGUGAGGCAGAACGAGAGUUCAUUUUAAAUUUGAAGAAAAAGGAAUGUGAAGAGAGAGGUUUUGAAUACGAUGGGAGAAUCAAUGCCUGGGAUCUUCAUUACUACAUGACUCUGACAGAAGAACUCAAGUACUCUGUAGACCAAGAGAUCCUCAAGGAAUACUUCCCAAUUGAAGUGGUCACUGAAGGCUUACUGAACAUCUACCAGGAGCUGUUGGGACUUUCAUUUGAGCAGGUGACGGAUGCUCAUGUUUGGAAUCAAAGUGUUACACUCUACACUGUGAAGGAUAAAGCUUCAGGAGAAGUAUUAGGACAGUUCUACUUGGACCUCUAUCCAAGGGAAGGGAAAUACAACCACGCAGCCUGCUUUGGUCUCCAGCCCGGCUGCCUCCUGCCUGAUGGGAGCCGCAUGAUGUCCGUGGCUGCCCUUGUGGUGAACUUCUCGCAGCCACUGGCAGGUCGGCCCUCUCUCCUGAGGCAUGAUGAGGUGAGGACUUACUUCCAUGAAUUUGGGCAUGUCAUGCAUCAGAUCUGUGCACAGACAGAUUUUGCAAGAUUUAGUGGAACAAAUGUGGAAACUGACUUUGUAGAGGUGCCAUCACAAAUGCUUGAAAAUUGGGUGUGGGACAUUGAUUCCCUCCGAAGACUGUCAAAACAUUAUAAAGAUGGAAGCCCUAUUACGGAUGAUCUUCUUGAAAAACUUGUUGCUUCUAGACUGGUCAACACAGGUCUCCUGACCUUACGCCAGAUUGUUUUGAGCAAAGUUGAUCAGUCUCUCCAUACCAUCACAUCGCUGGAUGCUGCAAACGAAUAUGCCAAAUAUUGCACAGAAAUCUUAGGUGUUGCAGCUACUCCAGGCACAAAUAUGCCGGCUACUUUUGGGCAUUUGGCAGGCGGAUAUGAUGGCCAAUAUUAUGGAUACCUUUGGAGUGAAGUAUUUUCCACGGACAUGUUUUACAGCUGCUUUAAGAAAGAAGGGAUAAUGAAUCCAGAGGUUGGAAUGAAAUACAGAAACCUAAUCCUGAAACCUGGGGGAUCUCUGGACGGCAUGGACAUGCUCCAGAAUUUCUUGAAACGUGAGCCAAACCAAAAAGCGUUCCUAAUGAGCAGAGGCCUGCAUGCCCCAUAAACGUGGGAUCUUUGGGAGCAGUCCAUGUCUGGAGGACAAGUCGACAUCACCAUGUGUUACUGGCCUGGAAACUGAAGGGAGUUUUGCAAAUGAAAAUGUAGGUUUCCAUUGACUUCCUUUUGCUUUUUGAUUUGAAAAAUUAUACAGAUGUAAAUGGAAUUAUAAAUACUGUGAGCUAAGAAAAGACCCAUUAGAAAAUAAUUGUACUAUAAAAUUUCAUAAAAAUGGAUUUGAUUUCUUUUUAUAAAAGUUUCAUAUGAAGGUAAUUUGAUUUUUUUACUAUUGUAAUCUAGAUAAUAUAAUGUAAGAGGGCUAAGAAUUUUUUAAUUGAAUCAUGUACAUUAUAUAAUUUGAUCCUUCUUAUAUCUUGAAGUUUUGUACUUGGGAUUUCUGAACUGAUAAAUGAAUCAUCACGUUCCUCGAUAAAUAUUUUCUUGGAGCCCUGCAUCCACUUUGCCACUAUCUCCCAGUAAAGUGUGACCUCUUUGCCCACACACCUCAGGGCCAGGGGACUAUGCUUCAGUAAUGCAUUUAUCUUUGUAUUUCAGGCCUCACGAUCCCCAACUUUCUGCCACACUUAAAUGAUGUUCUUCCAAUUGGUUUUGUCUCUUCUGUCUGACUUCCAAAAAAUUAUGAGUUUUAGCUGAAACGGUCGAAUGGAUAUUGCAAGUUUUUACAUCUUGUAUUAGAGAAUUUUGCGUCUCGGAUUGGAGGUUCAUUUCCACUUCAGCAUACAAGAUUGUCAGUCUUUCCGCAUAUUUGCCAAUUAGAACAUGAAAGCAAGUCCAAGGAUGUUUUUCUCUUCUCAUGUUUCUAAUAAGUGGUAGGGACUUCGCCUCCUCUGCUGCCCCCCUCACCCCGCGUGGCAGGUAGAUAACGUCACAAGUGUCCGUUCAGCGUGUCCUGGGAGGAGAGCUGCAGCAGACCCAGGGCGUGAAGAAUGCGGAAAGCCCAGGAGUGGAGUGGGUUCUGCACAGACGUGUGGGAGGACAGCUGCUCCAAAGUGUCAGGCGUGCUCACACUCAGCCCUGGGGAGGGGCUCGGCCACAGCCUACCUUGUCUGGUGAUUUUACGUGAACCUUCGGAGCUCUUUAACUGUUUACUGUGGGCCUAAACUCCAGUUCUGCAGCAGCCCAGGAAACUCGCUGUACUUAUUUUCCCUCUAGGGGUCUACUCAGUGAGGAAACCAAACUAGGAUAAUUAAAAAAAAAUUUUUUUUAAUUAAAAAACUAACUUUGAGUGUAUGCAUUCUGCAUAGGACUUCCAGUUGUUCCCCUGUGUGUACCUGAGGUUUGACUUUGCUCGCCAGGGACAAAAUGAGAACCUUUUCCUUCUCCAGGACAAAGUGGACUUUGUGCUAACUAAACAAAUAUCAUGCUGCGGAGUAAAAGUGCCAACAGCAGGAAAAACCAAGAGCUAUAGCAACGCAGGAGAAAAUUCAAAGAUUAUUAUUGCCAAGCAAAUACCUUAUUAAACAUCACAGAAAAUCCCCCCACCCACCCAUCCCCAAGACAGUUGCCUGGCCCUCUCUCCCCCACGCUCAUUCAGCAUCACCACCUCGGGUCCCUAAAGCUGUUUUUUUGGUCUUAGCAACUUAUGGUACUUUCCUCUUUUUUUUUUUUUUUCCCAGAAUGUUCUGUUUUCUAGUUUCAGACAAAAACUCUCUUCAGCUUUUUCUACUGCCCAGUGCAUCUCGUUAACAAUAACUUUCUCAUUUUAAAUCUUAACUUAUUUCACAUGGGAAAACUAAUACUUGAUGUGACUAAGACUGCACACAAUAAAGUUACAUUACUGUCACAAGAAUGAAUUCACAUUUCCUUCAUACUUCAAUGUUAAAACUGAAAUGCAUAACAGAACAGAAGUGCUGUGGUAGUCUUUGUAUUUAGGACCCACAUCCCAUAUUUAAAAUCUGCCAAAGAAGAGCGACAAUAUCAAGUAGUCAUCAAGAAAACAUUCCCUACCGUAAUUCAAAACUAAGGACCUAUUUUUUAAAGCCUUUUUGGAUGGGCUGUUCAUCUGCUUGUUCCUUGUUUCUAGAUCAGAGCACAGAGUGUUGGUGGCUGUUCUGAAUGGUGUAAACAACUGUAAAAAAAAAUUAUAAUUAACCAACCUACACUUUAGAUUUAUGAACUAAGAUGCAUAUAGUAAAGUCUUUCUUGGUUAUCGAUCCAGCAGAUUUGGGCCUGUUUCAGGUUUUCCAGUAGUUGUUAUGUCACUGAGGGCAAGUUCUUAAACAUCUUAGGUGAAAAUGUAGUAGGCCUGAUUCCUAAAGGUUCAAUUUUAAGAUGCCACAGAGAAGAGAAAGAGGAGUCCUAAUGUGAUGCCGUCUAAUAUAGAUUUUUUUUUCUCCUCUAGUAUAAAUGUUGCAUGUUACCUAGAUAGAGAACUAAAAAUUAUCUUGAAGAAUUAGCACCCAAGCUAUUUACACCAAAAUCCUGCCUUUCUGAACUUCUGCGGUGACAGGUAGGUAUCUGCAGCUCUUUGGACUUGACAGACUGCUUUGUGUAAGAAACCAAAAUCAAGAAAAUAGCUCUUAAAAAAAAUGAUAGGAUUUUGUACUUGCACUUUGUAUUUACCUUAAUUAGUAGGGAAUGACUUAACUUUCUACUUUGCCACUUUGCCUUUGGCCUUUGUGUAUGAAUGAGGGUGUACAGCGAUCCUGCCUGCUCCCCACCAGUGAGCCUGCUAGCAUUUUUCAUUUUUUUCCUUUUCUAUCAUGCACAAGAAGUACUUUUCAUGCUUGGAGAAAAUUGCAUUAAAAUACUAAUCCCCCAAAUUGGGUUUAGGUAGAGUUAGCUGAGCCCCAAAGAGUGUUAAAAGAGAAACCUUAUCCCCUCUGACCAGAUGCAACGACCAAAGCUUUGUUCUUUCCCCAACACAGCACUGUUACACAGUUAUGUGUCUCUUCUGAAAUUGGAUAGCCCCUCGAAAUUGAAUGUACCUUCUCUUAUGACUGUUUGGUGAGAAUAAAAGCAAAAAAAGAUAAACAUGCUUUCAUUUUCUUUUUUUCUUUUUCUUUUUUUUGGUGGGAGGAGGUAAUUAGGUUUACUUAUUUCUUUCUUUCUUAAUGGAGGUACUGGGGAUUGAACCCAGGACCUCAUACAUGCUAAGCAUACAUUCUACCACUGAGCUAUACCCUCCCCUCUCAUUUUCUUUAAAACACAGUCAAUGUCCAAAGUUUUUUUUUUUAGUUUAUUUUUAAUGGAGAAAUUUCCACUGGAAACAAAUCUGCCUAAAUAAUUAUCUAGUACCAACUGUAUCAAGGCAAACGAUGAAGGUUAGAAAAUCUAAAAACUAGAUUAAUGUAGCCUUUUUCAACAUACCCACAAUAAAGUUGUAUAAAUGGAUACUUCAUAAAAAUCUUUUUGAAAAAUUGGGGUAAUAAACACAACCCUUUAAACACCCCUCUCCAGUGAAUGAUUCUUGAGUUUUUAUUUCACUGAAUUUACCUUGUAGUUUCCUUUCCUCAUAAAAUGUAGGUCCAGUGAACCAUUGAUCUGGUUCGCUAUAGGUGAAUAUGACCCAGGCUCUCUUAUUUCUGCUCCUGUGAGCUGACACCCAUUCUAGCUGCUUAUUUCAUAGAGCUUGGAAGCUCACGUAAAAUUUUACUGCCAUGAUAAAAUGUCACUAGCAUUUGUCAUCAGAGAAACUGUAUGGCUUAGAAAGGUUUAAAAGUACAGUGUUCACUGAGUCCAACAAGGCACUUGACAGCCCUAUUGACGUCUUUAAGGCUAAGGUGGAAGCUAUGAUGGGAAAAUCGUUAGCCAGGUGGAUUCCUAGCUAUUGAAACUCCUAAGCAAGUUGAAUAAUGAUUCACAUUAAACGAGGAAAUUUCCAGUCCUUUGGAUGAAAACAUGAAGAAUUCUAUGGAAGGUAUUAUCAAAUUUGCAUGUAACAGAGCUGGAAUGUUUAAAUAUGAUGACAUUAUUAAGAUUUAAAACUACUUCAGUGCUGAGACAAAUUUAAGAUGAAAUUGGACCUAUUCCAUUGCAAAGGUAAAAGGAAGGGAAACCUGCCUUCAUAGUGGUAUCUUCAGGAAAAAAAACCUAGCAUUUUUAUUUGACCAAAUUCCAGUAUAAACCCACAGUACAGCACACCUGGCAAAGGGACAGGAGGAGAGAACUGAAGCCUUGUAAGAGUGUUGAUGGAAGGACGUGUCCAGAUCAAAAGAAUAGUCCCGCUGGACUCUGAUGCAUUGAGAUUAAUCACAGCUAGAAUAUUGUGUUCUAAUCCAGGUGUCACAGACUUUGGCCAAGUAUUACUUUUGAAAGAGUAGGAACAGGAGGGUGAUGACUUUGAAAAUACUUCUCAAGAGGAAUACAUAAAAGAAUUAAGAAAGUUCUUUCUGGAGAUGAAUUCAGACAUCCAAAUGGCAGCUAUUUUCAAAUACUUGGAGGCUGUGAAAGAGAGGGUAGGGUUAUUCUUCAUUGCUUCAGAAGCCAAAGCUUUAGAGAAAUGGUUGGAAAAUACGAGAGCUUAGCUCAGUAUGAGGAAGCAGUUUCUAAUAAUUAUUGUUAAUCACAAAUACAUCCUGCUGCUGUUAGUGUUCAAACAAAGCCUGUGGCUGCCAGGAGUGUUUAAGAAGGAAUUCCUCUUUUGAGUAGAUGUUCAUACCAAAUCAGCUUUGAGGUCUCCUCCAAAGUUUAAGAUGCAGCAAAUACAUAAUAUCAGAAAGACAUCACUCAGGGAGGAGGUUAUAGCUCAGUGGUAGUGUGCCUGCUUGGCAUGCACGGGGUCCUGGGUUCAAUCCCCAGUACCUCCAUUAAAUAAAUAAAUAGAUAAAUAAACCUAAUUACCCUCCCCCACACACAAAAAAAGAAAAAUACAUCACUCAGAUGAGAGAAAUGUUUACAAUGCUGGCUCUUAGAAAUGGCGUUUAGAUGGCUGCAACUCCUUUAUACUGUAGGAAUAUAGUUUAAGCACUGUCUUAGACCUCAUAAUCAGCCAGUAUUUAUUCAGAAAUUAUCAUCCGUUUUCUUGUGGGUUAUCUGGUAACUGAGAAUGGGAGGUUAAGAGCUGUAUAUGACCAUAAGAAAGCCAAAGGCUCUUACAGAAUGAAUAAAGGUUCUUUUUCUUCCUUUACAGAAUUUACAGUUGCUCUCUGUCCAUUCCACCCACCGCUGUCUUCACUGCACAUACACAGAGACAAAAAUCUAACUCAAAUACCCAGUUUAUUAUUCAUGCACUCCACCAUAUUGAGGUCUCUUUGGGUCAUUGUUUCUAGCCCCUGUCCUCCACAGUUGUUGACUCAUAAGGAGUAGUCCGUAAAUGUUUGUUAAAUAAACAUGCCUUCUUAAAAAUUC